UUACAACAUAAAUUGUUUGAAGCCAGCAGUUUCGUACACCACCCAAAAAAGCAAUGGAUAGUGUGCCAGAGUUGUAUGAAGUCUUCCAAGGAGAGGUUGCAAAUGUCACAGAUUAUGGAGCAUUUAUUAAAAUUCCAGGCUGCACAAAGCAAGGCCUUGUCCACAGAACACACAUGUCAUCUUCUCAUGUUGACCGUCCUUCAGAAGUAGUUGAUGUUGGUGAGAGAGUGUGGGUGAAGGUUAUUGGCAACGAGGUAAAAGAUGGGAAGCAUAAAAUCUCCUUGUCCAUGAAGGUUGUUCAUCAAGGAACUGGGAAAGAUAUAGAUCCAAACAAUGUGGCGCUGGAACAGGAUGCACGAAAGAGACGAGAGUUUAAGGACUACAGCAAGCAGAAGAUAACACUGGAGGCCGUACUGAACACCGUGUGUAAAAAGUGUGGUUGCAAAGGGCACUUUGCGCAAGACUGUUUCUCGCAGCCUGGAGGAACAACAUACAAUUUAUUACCGGAGGAGGAUGAGGAAGAUCAGACAAACUCUGAGGAGACUGCCAAGAAGAAAAAGAAGCAGGAAAAGAAGAGAAAGAAACACAGCCGAGACAAGAAAGCCUCCUCAGACUCUGAGGGCUCAUCGACCUCCAGUUCUGAUCGCGACUCUGAACCUGCCAAAAAGAAAAAACGACAUGCAGAGAAGAGCAAAAAAAAAAGCUCAAAGAAAAAUAAGAAGAAGCAUAAAAAACACAAACAAAGACAUUGAAUAAGAUGUCACUGUUUAUUUACAUUGAUGUUUCUCUUGAUGUGUGACUACAUAUUUUAUGCAAAGCUACAGGAAUCUGUUUCUCACACAAUCUGGUUGUAGAUGGUCC